GCCCCACAGAGUAGAACCUGUAGUACUGUCUCAGGUUAAAAUGGCUUCAGUGGUCCCUCUCGCCUCGGGAGUAUCAGGAAAUGAAGCAGGUGGAAAUGUGUCAGCUUGCUCUUGAAGUGUCAUCGAUUCGAAAAGCUGGAGGUUUCCUAGGAUCUUAUCUGAACGAACGCUUUUGAAGACAUUUCUUCGGGAGAGCUCAUCUAUUUGGAAUGUUUUAUGAUUGGAAUAAAGCCAGUAGCCUAUAACCUCACAGGCUAAUCGCAAGCUAAUGUUAAUUCUCGUUGGAGCUCUCCUUAAGAUCGGCGAUCUCUAGCCCAGACUGCACAAUGGACGAAAGUUUGAAUGACUCUAAUGUGAAGGUUGCUGUACGGGUCCGACCAAUGAACAGGAGAGAAAAGGACCUGAAGACAAAAUGUGUUGUGGAAAUGGAGGGUAACCAGACCAUCCUCAACCCCGCCAUGGGGAACAUGGGCAAAGGGGACACUAGGAGUCAGCCAAAGGUUUUUGCGUAUGACUACUGCUUUUGGUCGAUGGACGAUGCAGACACAGAAAAGUUUGCAGGUCAGGAUGUAGUGUUCCAGUGUCUGGGGGAAAGUCUUUUAGAUAAUGCUUUCCAGGGCUACAAUGCCUGCAUCUUUGCCUACGGACAAACAGGCUCGGGGAAGUCCUACACCAUGAUGGGCUCUGCUGACCAGCCGGGCCUGAUCCCCCGCCUGUGCAGCUCCCUGUUUGAGCGCUCCGUCCAAGAGCAGCGGGAGGGGGAGAGCUUCACGGUAGAGGUGUCCUUCAUGGAGAUCUACAACGAGAAGGUCCGAGACCUGCUGGACCCCAAAGGGAGUCGGCAGGCGCUGAGGGUGAGGGAGCACAACGUCCUGGGGCCGUACGUGGACGGCCUCUCACGACUGGCCGUCGCCAGCUACAAGGACAUUGAGUCUCUGAUGUCGGAGGGCAACAAGUCUCGUACGGUAGCCGCCACCAACAUGAACGAGGAGAGUAGCCGCUCCCACGCCGUCUUCAACAUCAUCCUCACACACACUCUCAAGGACCUGCAGUCUGGGACGAGUGGGGAGAAGGUCAGUAAACUGAGCCUGGUGGACCUGGCAGGAAGUGAGCGUGCUGCUAAAACAGGGGCCGCCGGAGAGCGACUCAAAGAGGGGAGCAACAUCAACAAGUCUCUGACCACACUUGGCCUGGUGAUCUCAGCGCUGGCUGACCAGGGCGCUGGGAAGAACAAGACCAAGUUUGUUCCCUACAGAGACUCCGUGCUCACCUGGCUCCUGAAGGACAGCCUGGGCGGCAACAGUCGCACGGCAAUGGUUGCCACGGUGAGCCCCGCGGCAGACAACUACGAGGAGACGCUGUCCACCCUCCGCUACGCUGACCGCGCGAAGAGCAUCGUCAACCACGCCGUGGUGAACGAGGACCCCAACGCCCGCAUCAUCAGAGAGCUCCGAGAGGAGGUGGAGAAGCUCAGAGACCAGCUGACAGAGGCUGAGUCUAUGAAGGCUCCAGAACUGAAGGAGAGGUUGGAAGAAUCUGAGAAGCUGAUUCAGGAGAUGACCGUCACCUGGGCGGAUAAACUCAGAAAGACUGAAGCAAUCGCACAGGAAAGGCAGAAGCAGUUGGAGAGUCUGGGCAUCUCUCUCCAGUCGUCCGGCAUCAGAGUGAUGGAGGACAAGUGCUUCCUGGUCAACCUGAAUGCUGACCCCGCCCUCAAUGAGCUGCUGGUCUACUACUUGAAGGACCACACUCGUGUGGGCUCGGCUAACUCCCAGGACAUCCAGCUGUGUGGGAUGGCCAUCCAGGCGGAGCACUGUGUCAUCAACAUCACCCACGACGCGGGAGUGGUGCUCAGUCCACACAAGAACGCACGCACCUGUGUGAAUGGGGCUCCCAUCACUGUCCCCGUCCAGCUUCACCACGGAGACCGCAUACUCUGGGGCAACAACCACUUCUUCAGGAUCAACAUGCCCAAGUUGCUGUCCCGCGGCACUGAGGAGGAGGAGGCUGGAGCGAUGAAGGCCGGACUGAGCACGGAGGGACUGGAGGUGGACGUGGACUCGGUCAGCCAGGGCUCCAGUGACAUCAGCUUCAACUACGAGUACGCCCAGACCGAGGUCAUGAUGAAGGCUCUGGGGAACAAUGACCCCAUGCAGGCGGUGCUGCAGACGCUGGAGCGGCGUCACGAGGAGGAGAAGCGCUCGGCGCUGGAGCGCCAGCGGCAGAUGUACGAGCAGGAGCUGCAGCAGCUGCGCAGGCGCCUGGUCCCCGACAAGCAGCCGCCGCAGACCGCGCAGCAGACCGCGUAUCCACCGCCGCACCACCGCAGCACCGAGCGCCUCAGCCUGAGCGGAGCGUCCCCGGCCGCCGCGGCCGUGCUGUCUCCGGGCGCACAGAGCCGGCUGAGGCAGUGGAGCGAGGAAAGAGAGGCGGUGAUGACGCGAAGCCUGCGGAAGCUGAGGGAGCAGAUCGUGCGGGCCAACCUGCUGGUCCAGGAGGCCAGCUUCAUCGCCGAGGAGCUCAACAAGAGGACCGAGUACAGGGUGACCCUACAGAUCCCUGCAGCUAACCUCAACGCAAACAGGAAGCGUGACGCGGUGCUGAGUGAGCCGGCGGUGCAGGUGCGGAGGAAGGGCAAGGGCAAGCAGAUCUGGGCCAUGGAGAAGAUGGAGAACCGCCUGGUGGACAUGAGGGAGCUCUACCAGGAGUGGAAGGACUACGACGAGGACAACCCUGUGAUGCGUAGCUACUUCAAGCGGGCCGACCCCUUUUUCGACGAGCAGGAGAACCACAGCCUGAUUGGUGUAGCCAACGUCUUCCUCUCCUGCCUCUUCUACGACGUCAAGCUGCAGUAUGCAGUACCCAUCAUCAACCAGAAGGGGGAGGUGGCGGGACGCCUGCACGUGGAGGUGGAGCGCGUGAGCGGGGAUCUGGACGAGGGCGAGGUGGGCUCGGAGGAUCCCGACCGAGGCCUGGCGGGGGAGGGACAGGAGAGACAGCUGGUCUGCACGGUAAGGGUCCUGCAGGCCACCGGGCUGCCCCAGCACCUGUCCAACUUCGUGUUCUGCCAGUACCACUUCUGGGAGCAGGACGAGCCCGUGUUCAUCGCCCCCGAGGUGGACCCGUCCACCCCACACACACCCAGCAGCAAGGAGCCCCAGUGCCUGGUGGUGUUUGAUAGCAGCAAGGAGCUUGAGGUGGCUGUGACGGAGGACUUUGUGGAGUUCCUGUCGGAGGGGGCGGUGGCUAUCGAGGUGUACGGCCACAAGCUGGCCCACCCACGCAGGAACCUGGCGCUCUGGGACCUGGGGGUCAUCCAGGCCAAGACACGCUCACUGCGGGAGAGAUGGAGCGAGGUGUUGCGCAGGCUGGAGCUGUGGGUGCAGGUGCUGGAGCUGAACGAGGGUGGCGAGUUCACCCCUGUGGAGGUGGUGCCCGCCAAGGAUGUGCGCACCGGGGGCAUCUUCCAGCUCCGACAGGGUCAGUCUCGUCGGAUUCAGGUGGAGGUGCGUUCCGUGCAGGAGUCUGGAACGCUGCCUCUCAUCGCCGAGACCAUCUUGUCCGUUGCCGUGGGCAACGUCGUGGUCCGUCAGACCCGCCCCUCCAAAGGCGGCGGUGGCGACUCACAGGGAGGAGAGGAGCUGGACAGUUACCAGGAGGGGGACCUGGAGCGCCUGAGGGGUCAAUGGCUGGCUGCUCUGACCCAGAGGCAAGAAUAUCUGGAUCAGCACCUGCAGAAGCUGGUGGGCAAACCAGAUAAGUCGGAGGAUGACGUGGAGCGGGAGGCUCAGCUGCUGGAGUGGCGUCUGACGCUGACUGAGGAGCGCAACGCUGUACUAGUGCCCUCAGCUGGCAGUGGCAUCCCUGGGGCUCCCGCUGAGUGGACCCCUCCUCCUGGAAUGGAGACCCAUAUCCCCGUCCUCUUCCUGGAUCUAAGUGCGGAUGACUUCUAUGACCACCUGACUCCGUCCCUGGCUGGAGGCCUGGAUGCCGGUCUGAGCGAGGAAGAUGAGGACGAGUUCUUCGAUCUCCAGAUCGUUAAGCACCAUGACGUCGAGGUGAAGGCGGCGGCGUCGUGGGACCCGACGGUGCACGAGUGCGUGGAGCUGAGCCGCGGGGGCGGCGCGGGCCAGAGGGUGUACCUGACGCUGCGCGUGGCCGUGCUGCUGAGUCACCCGGCCCAGAUGCAGCUGGUGCUGCGCAAACGCAUCUGCGUCAGCCUCACGGGACGACAGGGUUUUGCUCAAAGCUUCCUGAAGAAGAUGUCACAGCGCAGCACCAUUCCAGGAUGUGGGGUCACGUUUGAGAUUGUCUCCAAUGUCCCAGGGGACACCCAGGGUCCAGAGGACAGGGAGAUGCUGGUGCGUAUGGCGGCCAGCGCUGACAACCCCCAGUCCUCGGACAGCGAGGCGGCCAUCGAGAAGUACCUGCGUAGCGUGCUGGCCGUGGAGAACAUCCUCACCCUGGACCGCCUCAGACAGGAAGUUGCCGUGAAGGAGCACUUGGCUGCCAAAGGGAAGAUCCGAAGGCGCUGUCUCAGUUCUCCCAGUGUUAACAGGCUCUCAGGAAGCCGCCAGGAUCUCUCCUCUUUCAACCACGACCCACACAUCAUCAAAAAUCCCUGGGAGAGCCAGCAGGACGUGUCUGCACUCUCGCCCCCUCACCUCAAGAGCCCCGCGUCCUCCAACACAAGCCUGCAGAGCAGCCCGGCCGCCGACCCAGGUCUCUCAGGCAUGGCUGCCUUUUAUCUCUCCCCAGUCAAAGCCCUGGUCCCCCCCGUGCCCAAGAUGCUCAAGUCCCUGUUCCCCCGGCGAGACGAGAAGAAAGACCUGCGCCCUGCCUCACUCUCCCAGCAGAAUGUGCCUCGCAUUAUCGUACAGUCUGCAAGCCUUGACGAGAACCUUGGGACUGUAAAACUAGUUGCCCAGACUCCGGAAGAGGAGAAGAUCCCAGAGGAUCCCUCGGAACCUCCACAUGAGGCCCCCAGCGUUCCAGUCUCCUCCCCUCCACAGAUGGAUGACGCCGCCUUCAGCUCACUCGACAUGGAGUCGAGCAUCUCGGAGGCAGCUGUCACUGACAUCUCCAUGACAACGGUCAAAGCAGAGGCCUCAGCAGCCGACCAAUCAGAAUCCCUGGAGGCCCUUCCCCCGCCACCAUCUGGCCUGGAGCCAGAGGAGCCCACCCCCAGCCCUGUGAGUGACGUAUCCAGUGGCUACAUGUCCACAAGCAUCUCCGUGGGAACCCUGUCUGAAGCCCCCAUUUCAACCUCUGACUCAAAGUCCAGCGUAGCAGACGCGGUGUGGUCCGACAGCUUUUCCACGCCGACCAAUCAGGAUGACCUAGAGAUGGGCACUCCUCUCUCCCCUCCAAUAAAAACUGACGAUGAUACUGACAAAGAUGAGGUUGAAGAGCCUCAGGUUGGCCAUAAUGACAAAGAUGAGCAGCCAGCUUCAGAGGACCAGACCAGAACAGUCCCACUGCAGAGUUCUCCCACACAAGAAGAACCCACUGAUGUUCUCCCAGUUCCCUCUCCUCCUCCUUCUGAAGCUGAGACUGAUGUAACAUCCUCUUUAGCGUCUCAAGAGGAAUCCCACCCCAUUAACCUGGACCCUUCCCCCGAAGAAGAGCCCCCCUCCGGCCUUGUUCCUGCCCCAGCAGAAACCCAACCCUCCCCCAGUUCCCCACCCUCCUCUCCCCCCAAGGUGCCCCACUCUGGUACCCUCCAGCCAGAUCCUCCCACGGUCCCUGACGCUUCCUUAGAAGUGGCACAGGAACCUAGUCCUCCAACAUCCCCAGCACAGCCACAGCCCCCAGCCCUUUCCAAAGAUACACCGACUGUAACUGACUCCGAAAGCCCCCCAACCGCAGAAGCAGGCGUCUCUCCAAGCCCCUCACAAACUCCCUCUUUGACCCAGCAAUCGGAAGCACCAACACCGCCUCCGUCCACCAACAAGCAGGCUCCAACCAAAGCUGCUGCCAUUGGUAACCCUUUCAAAAUCCAGAAGAUCAAGACCUCGGACCUCAAGUCUUUCAAGGGCAUCGGAGAUCAGGGGGGGAGUGGCAGUCUGCUGGACAUCUCGGAUCCCCUGGAGAGGUUGGAGAUCAUCUCGGACACGGAGGAAGGCACGGAGGAAAAAGAGGGACCAGAGUGCCCCUUGCCAGACUGGUUGAAAGAAGAUGUGUAUGUGACCGUGGGCACCAAUAAGCAUGGCACUGUGCGCUAUGUGGGACCGACGGAGUUUGCUGAGGGCACCUGGGUCGGGGUGGAGCUGGAUGUUCCAGCAGGGAAGAAUGACGGCUCUGUGAAUGGUCGACAGUACUUCCAGUGCAACCCCGGCUAUGGCGUGCUGGUGCGCCCAGACAGGGUCACCCGAGCAGAGGGCACGGCGAAGCGGAAGAGGAAGAAGCGCCACAGCACCAACCUCUCGGCAUCCACCGCCAACCUCUCGGGGUCCAGUACCAACUUGUCCCAGUCCACAGCCAACCUGUCCGCCUCCAGCACCAAUUUGUCGGGCUCCAGUACCAGGCUCUCUGCCUCCAACACCAACCUGGCAGCUCUCACUGCCAUGGCAAAGAGGGAAGGGGCUGGAGCAGCCCGUCGGGGUGAGAACAGGAAGUCCUGGAACAGCUAAUUAGGGAACUUCCUGGAAUGACUCUAGAGUGGAUUAUCUGGACUGCUGCGUGUGCCACUGAAAUCUGGAAUAACGUAGCAGAUGCCCGUGUGUUUAUGAAGCACUACAUUGCCAAUGCUGUUAAUGUAUCACCAGCAACUUCAAACCUCAAAAUCUCCAAUAUGUCCUAGAUGAGUCAAAUGAAGUGUUGGCCAAAUGAGUAUCAGUGCCAAUUCUGUUUACCGUCAUGAUUAAACACCAAACAGAUUUGCUUUAAUCAAAAUAUGUAUUUUAUAUUGUAAAUAGUAAUCUCUCAGAAGUGCCUUUAAGACUGCUGUCUGUCUGAAAACACAGUCUCAGGAAGUGAUGACUAAUGAACUUUUUUGAACGUUGUGGACCUUUGCAGUCAGACUUCUCUACUGAUGCAUUUUGUGGUGUCCUUUUGGAAUGACCAAACACAUACCCAAACCCUUCAGUGCAGAAUGUAAAGCUCUACAUUCAUGUAUUAAUCAAGAAUACUUAUAUGUUUGCACGAGCACAAGUACAAAUACAAGUUUUUUAUUAUUAUUAUUUUAAAAAUGAAAUAUGAAAUAUUUUGAAUUGGGAAGAGUGGACCAGUGGAUUUUAUAUACAUCAUGGUGUGAGUGGGUCAUACAGGUCGCGAAUGUAAUCUAUGAAGGGUGGUAGGUGUGUGUGUCUGUGUGUGUGUGUGUGUUGCUAAAAGAAUAUGACAGUUAAAAAUAUUUGUGUGGUUUUACAUCGUUUUCUGUUUUCCAAUUAAUUGUACAAAAAAUACUUUUGCCAGACCAGGUUUUAUGUUUGUCUUUUUUGUUAUUGCAUGAUGUACGAAUUACAUUGAAAUUGGCAUGGAAUGAAAUGUGUGAGGUCUAGCUGUUUUUCUGAUUGAACAAUAUUGCAAUAAAGGUAUCCAGCAAUUUAUUUAUUAAAACAUGA